CUGCCACAAGCAGCCUCCUUCAAACUGCUGACCCUUUUGUUUAGACAGUAAGUGUAAUCAUACCAUGCUCCACGAUACCCUUUCACUGUCAGCAUUGUGAGAGCUGAAAAUGAUAUUGCCUUCAGUUGGUUGUAGUAGCCACAAAACCUGAAUAUAUCUACAGCUUGGCCUUCGUAGUUGAAGUAAACAACCAGUUAAAAAUCCACGGCAGUCAGUGGAAGUAAAAAUGUUUUGGACACUUUGUUUUUCUUGUAGCUGAAAUCUCCUUUCAUUUUACAGCAGUCUUGCACUCAGCUUUUCUUCCUUUAAACACAAAUUGUAUAGUUAAUGUGAUUCCAUGUUAGAUUGGCACAGUGAUUCAGUGUUAUGUUUAUGUGAUAACAGCGUGUAAAUCUUUUUACUUAUAUUGAAUAAUCAUGGCUUUGAGAAGAAAGGAACUUCUAUUAAGUGUGUGGUUACUUGAAUUCUUCCUUUCAGAUUAGUGACUACCAUCAGUACUCCCACACUGAGUGUGACUACCCCAGCUACAAAUACCAUUCUCCAGAUGCUACAGUUCCCAUUUGUGUGCUUUUGAAGAGAAGGAAGGGGGGAAAAAAAAAAAGCUUUUAAGGGGUAAGGAGGGAGAAUAUAAUAAAAGGGGAAGGGAAGGCAGAAUCUGAGGUUGAUAACUGUGCCUAUAUAUUUACAGGGAGCAGCGAGAGUGCCAGCUGACUGGAAUGUAGGGGAAGGAAGAUCAGAGCACAGCAGUGUAAUAAUUUUGGAGUGCUUCCUGUUGACUUGUUAAUACUGCAAGGAAUUUGGCCCAGGCGAUCUGCUGUUGUGAAUCAGCAUAGUUUAUUCACUUGAGUAUAGGUGUGCCUGUUAUUAUUUGAGAAUCUGCUCCACUUGAAAGAUAACAGGAGGGGGUAGAGAGCUGAAGGGGAGAACUUUUCUCGAAACCGCGCUGUCCUUAAAGAGGAAACCAGAGACUAAAGGCACUAGAAUCAGCAAAGACACUUUUAGAGAAAGUGGAGAAGGUAGAGGAUGGAGCUGCAGACUCUACAGGAGGCUCUGAAAGUGGAAAUUCAGGUUCACCAGAAAUUGGUUGCCCAAAUGAAGCAAGAUCCACAGAUAUUUUUUCUUUCUAAUCAGAACGCUGAUUUGAAGAAACAGCUUCAUGAACUUCAAGCUAAAAUCACAGCUCUGAGUGAGAAACAGAAAAGAGUGGUGGAGCAGCUUCGAAAGAAUUUGAUAGUCAAGCAGGAACAGCCAGACAGUAAGUUUCAAAUACAGCCCUUGGCACAGUCAGAAAACAAACUGCAGACACCGCAGCCGCAACCACUACAACAGCUCCAGCAGCAUCACCAUCAGCAGCAGCAGCAGUCUACUGCACCCUCUCCAAACGUCAUUGGAUCACAGAAAACUGUAACUACAGCUUCUAUGAUCACCACUAAGACACUACCUCUCGUCUUGAAAGCAGCAACUGCGACCAUGCCUGCCUCUGUUGUGGGUCAGAGACCUACCAUUGCCAUGGUUACUGCUAUCAACAACAAUCAGAAAGCAGUCCUCAGCACUGAUGCGCAGAAUGCACCAGUCAACCUCCAGACAACAAAUAAGGUCACUGGGCCAGGAGCUGAGGCAGUCCAAAUAGUGACAAAAAACACAGUAACUUUGCAGGUUCAGGCUACGCCACAGCCCAUAAAAGUGCCGCAGUUCAUCCCUCCUCCCAGACUUACUCCUCGUCCUAAUUUUCUUCCACAGGUUCGACCUAAACCAGUUGCCCAAAAUAACAUUCCUAUUGCCCCAGCACCUCCUCCUAUGCUUGCAGCUCCGCAGCUUAUUCAGAGGCCUGUGAUGUUGACAACAAAGUUCACACCCACCUCUUUACCCAACUCUCAGAACUCCAUACAUCCGGUCCGUGUAGUUAACGGGCAGACAGCAACCAUAGCCAAAACGUUCCCCAUGGCACAGCUCACCAGCAUCGUGAUAGCAGCGCCGGGUACCAGGCUGGCUGGACCUCAGACUGUACAGAUCAGCAAACCAAACGUUGAAAAACAGACUAUUAAACCACACGUGGAAGCAGAAGAGAAGCAAACAGAAAGUCGUACAGUUACUCCACCUGCUGUACCCAAGCCAAAACGGGAAGAAAAUCCACAGAAACUUGCCUUCAUGGUGUCUCUGGGACUAGUUACUCAUGACCACCUGGAAGAAAUCCAAAGUAAACGACAAGAGAGGAAAAGAAGAACAACAGCAAAUCCAGUGUACAGUGGAGCUGUUUUUGAGCCCGAGCGCAAGAAGAGUACAGUCACGUACCUGAACAGCACAAUGCAUCCCGGGACACGUAAAAGAGGUCGUCCACCUAAAUACAACACGGUGCUGGGGUUCGGGGCUUUGACCCCCACGUCCCCCCUGUCCGGUUAUCCUGACUCCCCCGAAAAUGAAAAGACAGAGACCACAUUCACUUUCCCCGCAGCCGUGCAGCCCGUGUCCCUGCCUAGCCCCGGCUCCACAGACGGUGACAUCCACGAGGACUUCUGCAGCGUGUGCAGGAAAAGCGGGCAGCUGCUGAUGUGUGACACGUGUUCACGUGUUUAUCACCUGGACUGUCUGGACCCACCUCUGAAAACCAUUCCCAAGGGCAUGUGGAUCUGUCCCAAAUGUCAAGACCAGAUGCUAAAGAAGGAAGAAGCAAUCCCAUGGCCAGGAACUUUAGCAAUUGUUCAUUCAUAUAUUGCAUAUAAAGCAGCAAAAGAAGAGGAAAAACAGAAACUACUUAAAUGGAGUUCGGAUUUAAAACAGGAAAGAGAACAACUAGAGCAGAAGGUCAAACAACUCAGCAAUUCUAUAACGAAAUGCAUGGAAAUGAAGAACACCAACCUUGCAAAACAGAAGGAGAUGCACAGCUCCUUGGAGAAGGUAAAACAGCUGAUCCGCCUCAUCCAAGGCAUCGACCUUUCAAAACCCAUAAACUCUGAGGUCAAUUCAGUAGCCAUCUCCAACGGCAUGGACUCCACUAACAACACUAAUGCUGCCACCUCCACCUUAGCCCCCUCCCCUUCCCAGAGCUGCAUGGUGAACUGUAACAAGGGCGAUGAGACUAAAUAACGCCGCGGAGUUCCGCCGGAGCCAGGGGAGGUGGCGGCGAGGAGGAAGAGCGAAAUAACGAAACUCUAGAACAGCAAAACCGGAUUUCUUCUGGAAAGUGCAGAAUUCUUUAGUUCUUUGGUUCCAGAGAGAGCGUGAAGAUGCUUGUGCCAGGCGGCACCGGAGUUUGCCAAUUGAUCCUUCUUAUUCUGUGUGUACAUGCGAAGUUUGGAUCAUGUUACAUGAAUAGUGCCAGCUGGGGGUUCUUUGCCAGCACCAUGCCAAGUGAAAUAAUAUAUUUACUCUCUCUAUAUUUUACACCAGUGUGUGCCUGCAGCAGCCUCCACAGCCACUAUAGGUUCGUUUUCUUUUUCGUUCGGGGUGAGGAGCAGGGACGAGGGAGGAGAGCAGGUUUCAAAUCCUUAUUUGCAGAACAGUUUGUUUAGCUAGGGGA